AUGACGAUGGCUGCCGCCGAACAGAGCGCGGCCACGCCGCCGACGCCGACCUCCGCCGGAUUGUCGGCUCGGCCGCACCACAUCGACCUCUCGUCGCUGCGCAACGGCGCCGGACCCAUCCCGCUGCACGCCGGCGGCGUCGAAAAGCACGUCGAAUUUGACGGCGUGUGCAUGGUCAUACCCAACGUCGACCACAAGCAGCUCCGCAAGCUCCUGCGCCUCUACGCAUCGGGCCGCGAACAGCACGUCGGCCAGGGCGCCGGCAACGGUGACAAGGACGGGGCGGAGCCCGCCGCGGCGCUCCGACCCGCCGCAUCUAAGCCGUCGAGGCCACGCUACGGCAUGCGCCUCGUCAGCGUGCCCCUCUCGCCCGGCCAGUGGGGCGGCGGCAACAUCCGCUCCUCGCUCGCCAACCUCAACCUCGGCUCAAAGGUCGAUCUGACCGCCGUCGCCAGCGGCCUAGCACCGGCUUCGAUCUCGGUCGGCGGCACCCCUUCCCAUCGCGCCUCCUCGAGUUCUACCAGCGUCAACGAGCUCAGCGAGCCGGAGCGGCCGGAGCUCGACGAGGGCCGCUACAGGAGGGCCAGGUCGCUCUCCGACGACGACCGCUGCCUGCGGACCAGACAGAGGUCCACGUCGCCGUCUGACCAAGGCCACGCCGAGGGCAAGGGCCAUCCGGUCGAAGCCUCCAGCCCGCGCGUUCUGCGCAUGAAGGUGCCCACCUUUGGAGGAUGGCGCAGGAGUGCGCCGCUGGCCGAACCGCCGCAGAAGGGGUGCCUGCUGAAGCGCAAGAAGCCGGUGAUUGGGCCAACCGCGGCUGCAGCGACCCAACAGGCUGCCACGCCGUCGCCCGUCCUGGAAGGCUCAGAGGGGAACAUGCGCAAGCGGUUCGAGGGACCUCCCGUCCGUGCCAGCGCCCCGGAGGGAUGCGCCUCCUUCGCAUCGGCCUUGCCGACGGCGCCGCCCGCCAGGUCACCAGGCCCCGGCGCGCUGCUGCGCCGUGCAGGCUCCCUCGGUCGACGUCCGAGCGCACGCCGCAAGGGCAGCGAACUGUCCGAGGUCGAGGCUGGCGACGGCUUCGCGGCCGGCACCGCCGAGACAUCCGUCUCAGACGCCUUCCCAGCGCAACUCGACGAUGCCAGCGUCAAGCGGGAACUGAAGCUCGGUCGCUGGCCGUUUCAGGAACCGCUGAAUCCAGAGUGCAACUGCAAGGACUGCGCCGAGAGCAUCUCGCUCGUCAACGUGCAGGGCUACCGGCCGCACUGGUCCAGGUCGGCACGAGCCAAAUGGCUGGCGGACCGAAAGGAAAGGGAGGCGCGCGAGCAGCUCGUCACGGGACUCUCGGCGCCAGCGACGCCCCGCAGUGGCGCCGCAGCGGCCCGUCCGUCGAGCCGAGGCAGGAUCCAAGCCGACGAGAUGGAUAUCAAGAUGGGAACCGGGUCGCGUCCGCAGACGCCGGAGGAGGAAGAGGAGGAGGGUGAAGCCGAGUCCGAGGCCGAGCCCGAAGCAGAGCCCGAAGCAGGGACAGAGGCAGGCGAGCAGGGCGAGGGGACGCAGCAGGUGCCCAAGGAGGCCGACCUCGCGCCAGGCGAUGAGAGCAGGCCAAAGGACGUUCCCAACGCCGUGGACCCGGCGCAAAUGGAUGCUACCGCCGCCGAGUGGGAGGCGGUCAAGCCGACUGCCGUCGCUCCUGUGGACUCAUCCGUCGAUGGACCGGCGCACAAGCCGGCAGAAGCGUCGGCAGGACACCCAUACCCGAGCCCGGCCACCGUCAAGCCUUCGGGAACGCUGCUAGUCGCGCCGAUCGCCAAGCCGGCCAUCCCGAUCUUUGACGAGGAAGACGACGACUACCUCGAGGGCGACGAGGAGCUGGCCAAGGAGAUCGACUCUCGCCGCACCUCGAUCGAGAGCCGCAACUCGUACCGGCCGGGCGCGCGCAGCAUGAUGCGGCAGCUCGACGAGGCCGACCAGAUCGAGCGCCAGGCCUCGGUCGAGCGCGAGCGGCGCCGCAACAGCGCCUCGCCCAGCGUCGCCGGCGUCGCUGGGCUCAGCCCGAGGUCGAGCCCCAGUCCACGCCCGGGCGCGAUGCAUCCGAGGUCGAGUCCCAGCCCUCGUCCCGGCGCGAUGAAUCCGAGGUCGAGCCCCAGCCCGCGUCCGGGCUCGAUCAAUCCGUACUUUGACAUUCCGCGUCGCGGCUCGCCGCUGGCCCUCGGUCGGCCCACGCUGGGACCUAUCUCCGAGGGAAGCGUGCGGUCAAAGGAACAGCCCACUCGACCGCGCGUCUCUCCCCUCCGCGGCGAGACGGGCGAGACGACGGCCGAGGAAGACGAGGCACGCCGCCGCCAGCUCGCCCGGGCCGACCAGCUGCCCCUGACGCCGGGGAGCGAUGCCAAGGGAGGCAGCGCUGCCGCCACCCUGGCGCCCGCAGCUGGUAGCAAGUCCAACGGCACCGUCAAGAGGAAGGUGUCGAGGUCCUUCUUCGGCCUCCUUGGUUCUCCUUUCGGUGGCUCGAGCGCUCCUCCCGGCUGA